CAGCUACGGGUUCAGUCAGAAUCUGCGGAGCUACGGAGAGGGUCUAGCGUGUAGACAGCAGUGACUGCUCAGGGCUGACCCCAUCUCAUUGUGACAGCAGUAAAGUCUUGCAGGCCAUGAACUGUUGCCAGCCUCAGUGCUCAAUUUAUCCGUAAUGAUUUUAGAGCAAGUGGAUCAUCACGAUCAAUAGGAGUUUAGAACGAUAUCAGGCUGCAAUAGUGUGACUUGUUCAACCCCUUGCCAGCCUUUCGGCUAGAUUAUUUUGCAGUAGUGUCGGGGCAGAGACGGCGCGAGUGUCGAUGGUUGAGAUACAUGUAGUAUAGUACAGUGUAUUGUAGAUCUGUCCUUCCGGUCGCCGAUGUCCACUGCUGCCUGCAUUGCCUGUACUGAGCUGAGGCUGUAGUCCAUGACCCUCUCAACUGCUUUUUCAGCUGUUCGAAUUUCCAGUUGUGUAAGCAACUGUCCCGUGUCCAUUCGUAUCCUGCCUGGCCCCGUGGCGUGAGGUGCGUAGAUAGAUGUUUACUACUACUAGUACUCAUUGUACUAGUUCCUCCCUUGCACAAAGACAACCAAAGCGCUGCCUGGUUUGGUCCUGCCUGACACCGCACCCACGCUAGAUUGACUGCGUGCCGCUACUCAACAUCGUUUCCGUAACUGCUGCUCGCCGUGCCUGUGCUGCUAAUUUAUCUGCUCCGGGCAGGACGCGGCUGAGAAGUCGGAUUUGGUUCAAGUCGUCACUUGCGCUUUGCCCAUCUGCUUCCAGACCCACUAAAAGACCGUGUGUUCUGGCGCUCGACCGGACUCAGCAACAACCGUACCGUGGAUUUCGUAGCAUUAGUCGUCCUGCAUUUCGCGACUCGCUCCUGCUCUAGAAUCUGUGGAAGUUUGUGCUUGACGGAGGUAUUCACUCGCUCUACAACUGAUGAGCUGAACAGCCGUUUAUUAGAUCAAGUCGGGCACUGGGCUAGUCCUACCACUACUACUAGUGACCACCUACAGUCUACACGUAGAUCUACGUGUAGACGUGUGGCUGUGGCUGUAGCGGCGACUGUGAGUGCUGUGACCGGCUGCACGAGGAGGAGGAGCAGGGACGAUGUUGCGACGAUUGGCUCAUUCAUUGGCCAAUAAUGACCUGGAUGCCUGUAUUGGCGAGCAGAAAACCUUCAAUGAGGCCAGCAAAAAACUUUUAGAAGCUGAUAUGAAAGGCCACGAGUAUCGAUACAAGUGGUCACAGAGUGAAAAGAACCCGGUCUUCAAGGACGUGUUUGAGAGGGACCUGCAGAUAGCACAUAUUCGCUUUGAUGCCUUUCAGAAGUUCAUAGCUAAGAUGCGAGAGUCGAGACAGCAUUUUAAAGCCAUCGCCAAGGAGGAGCGGAAGAUCGAGGAAGUUCGCAAGCACCAUGCCAACAUCUGCACUCGGCUGGCUCGGUUAAAGAAGCAGGUCGACUCAGCUAGCAAGAAGAAUGACAUAAGCAAAAUCGAGAAUUUGCUUCCUGAGCUGCAGUCAGCACUUGCCAUCAAUGAUCAUGCCACGCUACAGCUGGAAGAAGAAGUGGAGCGUACUGAAAUUUUCAAGGUAAGGUGUGUGAGGGAUGCAUUGCGACUUGAAGCUGAAGCUUAUCAGCUGCUGGGCAGGUUUAUGACUCAUCUGAGUAUGUCACAACAGUCGCUGGCAAGCCUCAUACCUGAUGAUCCACCCAACAUUGCAGGCUACGAUUCCUACAAAGAUGGGCCUCAAAUGUCCAGCAGUAUAAUGGACGAUCUGUGCCACUCACUGUCCAUUCAGCCACCGACAGCAGGUCGCCUGGGUUCAUUCAUCAUAGUUGAUGUGUCUGAUGGUGAUAGCACUACAUCCAGUAUAGUCAGCACUGCUACUGCUGCCGCGUCCAGUCCACCCGACUCACCUUAUUCUAGAUUUGUGAUUCCCGCUCCAACUGCACGGCCACCCAUCCUGCCGCCAAGACCUUCAAAGACCGAAUACCUUGCUUUGAAUGAACAGGCCAGUUUACCGGCUAUGGCUGCUGCUGCGACUGCUACCUAUGGAGGGUAUUUAGAUGAUACUACAACUGAUUAUGUGGCAUCUGAAGAUGUGGAGGCAGAGAGGCGACGAGCCAAGCAGAAUGUAGCAGCUAUUGCACAUGGCAAGCCGCCACUUGCACCAAAGCCAAAACUGGAGAAGCCGGAGCCCGGCCUGCAUGGUGAGCCUUUCCCCGGCCAAGUCCCCCCUAUUCUACACUAUACGCUACCGCGCGGUGAGGCUGAUGGUAGUUCUACUGCUGCUAGUCUUGCAGACUGGUCAGAAGAUACCAGUACACGGCCACUCCGCGGUGGAAGUACCCAGCAACAUCCUGCAGUGCAGCACUUUCCACCUACAACCAGUCCGGGGAAAUUAUCGCCUGUCAGCCGUCCACCAAAGACGGGGACAACACAACCCUCGACAGCGAAGGUCAAUAUCACUGCUUCUCCACCUACUUCAUCUCCAUCAUCUGCUGCAGGAGCAACAGCAGCAGUGACAACGAGUCUAGAGCAAUCAGCAGUUGAUGAUCAAGCACCAAACUCUGCGCCUGUCCCACUCACCAAAGGAGCAGUACAGCAGAGUGAGGCGACUUCGACAUAUCAAGAUCCUGUGGAUGCAUAUCUGUGGCUAUGGCCGAAAGGAAAGGGCGAGUUUACAACGUCAAACCCAAAUGUGACGGGCUCAGCUGCACCAGUUGUUGAUGCCAAUGGCUACCAGAAGCCUUGGGAGUGUGUUAGCAAAGAGGAAGGACUCGCCCAAAAGCGCAAGUCUCAGUGCAUGCCCCCGAAUGCGGCAGGCUCGGCCGCAGCACUUGUUGAUGCCAAUGGCUACCAGAAGCCUAGGGAGUGUUUCAGCAAAGAGGAGGGCGACCAAAGACGCAAGUCUCAGUGCAUGCCACGGCGUCGUUCCGUACACAGGUCAUCCUCCCGCUCUCCACCUCAGGUGACAGGUGAGACGCGGCGUUCCCGUUCACUGGCAACAGAUACCAGCUCCACGGCGCAAGAAUCGCCAUCUCCUCCCGAUAGGCAGGCAAGCAUAUCGCCAGAUAGUGCAACAAAGGAUGUGUCUGCACUCCAGAGCACACUGCACCGUAUGGACAUAUCUCUGGACCGAAGUGAAAAACUACAAGCGGCCAUCUCCAGUCACUCGGACCAAGGAAGCGAGCUGACUGAUGCCACGCCGCAGUACGUUAACAUAGAUCCUGAUGCAGCCUCCGGGGAUGAAAUGGAAUAUGCUGUUGUACCCAUCGCAGCGCACUUUCAGCACAUGACAGCUUCACACGUCGACGGUGGUGCAGAAGAAGGAGCCAGCGACUGGUCGAUUCGAGACGACACGGCAAGCAGCAGAGUCCCUGUCCCCAUCCGCCAUCGUCUCUCUGCAUUAUCUCAUGGUGGUGCUAGUGGUACUCCUGGUAAUGGCACUCCAGCAGCAUCACCUGUUGUGUUGCGCAAACGCAGUCUACCACUACAAGUUGACGGUACACGGGCGGCUAGGGUACUUGAACAGGAAGUUCAAGUACCCGCAGUGCCAUCAGCGCAGCAAGCGGUAAAUUGAGCUGGUCCAUCAGGAACAACAACACUACCGCAGCACAUAGACUCAAGUUGAGCAUAUUAGACUCUGGCUUGUACCCGGCUUCCGAAGAUGUGCAUCACAGGUUUCAACAGCGGCCACAGUCAUGUCCAAAGCCAAUGCUUGUUUGUAAAUAUAUUUGGUAGCUUAUGACUAAAAAAAAAAGCAGCCAAAUAAGCUAAGUUUAUGAAACAAAUCUAUCAUAUUUAUUCCACUACUCCACUAUUCCUCCAUGGACAUAAUAUUGAAUUACUUUUGUUACUCUUUGGUUUUAGGGAGACUUUUUUCAUUAACGUUAAAGUGACGCUCCUUUUUCUUCUUUUUUUUGGACGUAUUCUGAGGUUCCGAGGCUCUAAAUUCAUAAUACAUUUUCAUGUAUAAAUUUUAGUUCUCUCUCUACCUACAUAUACGUUGUAGGUCUGUUUUUUGGUUAUUUGAGCAGAAGCAUGGCAGGGCGUGACUCUGCAAGUCUGACCAUGCCCAAUGCGCAAGUUAUGACCAGUGAAUACACCCAUCACUGAUGAGAUUGAAUGCAGCCGGAUUGUUCAUGCUU